GUAAAAAGGGUCUUUUACUCUUCUGGGGGCGACAACUGCGAUCUCUGUUUGAAUCAAAUCAAAUCAAAUCAAAUCAAAUAAUUUCAAGAGGGAAAUCUCGACAAAGCGGAAACCAAAAUCAAUGGGAAGACCUCCAAACGUCGGACCUGGCCCGUCCUUCCGAUUUACAGCCAAUGAGGUAGCGGAGAUGGAGGCUUGUUUACAAAAAGCUAAUUUUGUAGUACCAAGCAUGGAAGUUAUUUGCUCUAUUGCCGAGAAGUUUUGUGCAUCAGCAGAGCGAUCAGGAAAGAUGAUUGUGCAGGAGAAGCAGGUGCUGAAUUGGUUCCAAAAUAGGAGACAUGCACAAAAAACAAAAACAAUGAAGCCUCCUGAAAACUUGAGCGUGAACCCCAAGUCCCAGGUGCCUCAUAUGAUGCCUGUUCCUUCAGGAAGAAGUGCUUCAGAUAGUAAUGUUUUAAUGGAGUUUGAAGGCAGAUCAUCUAGGGAUGGUGCAUGGUAUGAUGUGGCAGCGUUUAUCUCUCAUAGGAUGUUUGAAACAGGUGAUCCGGAAGUUCGAGUACGAUUUGCAGGAUUUGGGGGAGAAGAUGAUGAGUGGAUUAAUGUACUCAAGCAUGUGAGACAGCGAUCUCUCCCAUGUGAUGCAUCGGAAUGUGUUGCAGUGCUUGCUGGAGAUCUGAUACUUUGCUUUCAGGAAGGUAAAGAUCAGGCUCUCUACUAUGAUGCACAUGUUCUUGAUGCGCAAAGACGUAGACAUGAUGCACGAGGAUGUCGAUGUAGGUUUCUUGUGCGUUAUGAUCAUGAUCAGGCUGAGGAGAUUGUUCCAUUGAGGAAGGUGUGCCGCCGACCAGAAACUAAUUACAGAUUGAGAUUACUCCGUAGCUCAAGGGAUGUGGGAGUGAACCCAAAGAGGGAAGUUGGGGAGACAAACUGAAUUGGCCACCGCUAGUGUAACAUGGUUAUGGUGAGAAUUGUAAAAUGGGGGUAGAAAAAUGUAUAAAGAUGUGAUUAUCUGGUUAAAUUAUUGUUAGGUAGAAUAAUCUUUUCAGGACAAGUUAUACUGCAUUGAAAUGGUGUUAUUGACCAAAAUGGUUGUAUAUUUGAUGGUCUGACAUGUAGCCAAACUGGCUAUGCUGGUCUAGGUCAGCAUUUAGAGUUCACUGGACCCUUUAUUUUUGAACCGUA